AUGCAGCUCUGGUCCAAGGCGCUGAAGGCCGCGCUGUUUGUGCUGAGCCUAUUCGUCCCUGCGUGGAAGUCCUUGGAGGCCAUCGAGUCACCAAACUCUAUCGAUGACCGGCAGUGGCUUUCGUACUGGCUGGUCUACGCCAUCACAGCAAUGCUGGAAAGGGCCUUGUGGCCCAUUCUGCAGUGGGUGCCCUUCUACAUGGAGGUGAAGGUGGCAAUCAGCGCCUGGCUCGUGAUGCCCCAGUUUAAGGGCGCCCUGUACACCCUGCAGCUGCACGUGCUGCCCCACGUCCUGGCCUUAAGGGACUACCUCCGUACCAUUCCGGCGCUGCAGGAGGCCCUUGGGGGCUCAGAUGGCGCUGACUGGUCAACACCAAAGUCAAUGCCCACAUCGCCGCUGAGUGCCCGCUCGUCCACCGACAUCGCCGAAAAGCACGCCCAGGCCGAGGCCUUGUUAGCCCAGGCGCGGAGGGUGCUGGACAGCAGGCUGACCAGCCUGGAGAGCGCCAAGGCCAGGGGCAACGUGUUCGAGCUGAAGAUGGCGGAGAAGGCGCUGCACAAGUCCAUGGAGCGUCUCAACAAGGUGAUAUCUAAGGGUGCCGCGGAGGAUUCUAUCAACAGGCACGGCGCGGUCAACAAGCAGGGUCUUCUCAGCCCGCGCGACCGACACAGAUUCGGGGCGGCCGCUGACGAGAAUGCCGUGCCGAACGGGUUGUGA